AAGAUAAUGCGGAAAGUGGUGGGCCUACCUUGAAGCUACUCAUAUUUUUGGUCUGGUUUGAAGUCAUUUUUCUUUGUUAGCAAGCAGCACCGCAAAGCAUCAGAGAGGGGUUUGCCCAAGAAGGUGAAAGAGGAGGAAGAAAGAGAUGGAGGGACAAGAGCAGCAGAGCAAGUCUAGAGUUGUGAAGAUUGAUUCUGUUGAAUCCUGGGACUUCUAUGUCAACCAAGCCACAAAUCAGGGAUGCCCAAUUGUUGUGCACUUCACUGCUUCAUGGUGUAUGCCUUCAGUGGCUAUGAACCCCUUUUUUGAAGAACUGGCCUCAUCUUUCCAAGAUGUUCUGUUUCUCACCGUUGAUGUUGAUGAUGUUAAGGAGGUAGCAACGAGGAUGGAGAUCAAGGCCAUGCCGACAUUUUUACUGAUGAGGGGAGGUACUGUGGUUGAUAAGUUAGUCGGUGCAAAUCCAGAAGAGAUAAGGAAAAGGAUCCAUGGUUUUGUGCAGUCCAUUCGCGUAUAUGUUGCAUGAUGCAUAGCAUAUCAAUGCAUGUGAGUUCAUACAUCUGUUGAAAGUGUAAAAAACUGAUGUGGUCGUCUUGUUCAUUUGAGAAUACAGGGGUGUUUGUCUUGGUGUAUCACUGUAGCACAGAUGUUUUUCUGGUGAUUGUGUAUUGUCCUGUAACUGUGUGAUUUCAAUCUUUGAAAAUGUUAUUAAGAGCUGUCUUGCUUUGUCAUAUAAUGUUUGUUCAUACAUGACAACUCGAGAAUCCGAUGCAGUCGGACCAAUUUGUUGUGUAAAGUGUAAACAAAUCGAAUUUUCUUCUUGACUUCGUCAAUCAGUGAAAGCAAAAGGGGUUUAAAGCUU